CUCAAGUCGCGCUUGGUGGUGUGACGCGGUCGAAUCCUCGCAAGAGAAAACGAAAUGCGAAAUGUUACUGCUCGCUAUGACCCGAAAAAAUAAAUGUUUCUUUACGUACUUGAGUGAAUAAUUGUGGCUGCGCCAACCAGAAUGGAGGCCCGGGCAUCCAGGAACGAGGCUGUGAUAGCGCCAGAGCUGUACUUCCUGAUUGCAAAGUUUUUGACGGCGGGACCCUGUCGCGAGACUGCACAGGUGUUGAAGCAAGAAUUGGAGCGAAUCAAGAUAUUGCCCCAGAGACUCGAUUGGGAGGGAAAUUUGCAUAAUCAAAGUUUUGAGGAAUUGGAAAAAAAGUAUUCUCACAUUGGACCGCAACAUCUUUUGCAAAUAUGCGCUCGAAUCGGUCCAGCCUUGGAAAAGGAAAUUCCUCCUUGCAUACCAGGUGCUGUUUCUUUGUUGGGCGCAGGAAAACAGUCGCUGUUGCGCACAAAAGCAGAUUUACUGCGACAAACACGUGGUAUACGAACCUAUACUGGAAGAUUAGAUGGAAAGCCAUUUAUGGCCCCGACGGGCAGUACGCUUGUUCACAAUAUUGUGAAAGUGCUCCAGGGAAGAGAAAACUCUGGACCCUUGAGCAGACUAGAGGUGAUACACUCGUCAUUUUAUAGCAGAAUUCAAUUAUACCGCCACACUUUGGGCCAUUUAUCUGCCGUCUACUGUGUCCUCUACGACCGAACAGGAAAAUACAUUAUAACGGGUGCUGAUGAUUUGUUGGUAAAAGUCUGGAGUUCAAGUGAUGGACGUUUACUGGCAACCUUUCGUGGUGCCUCUGCUGAAAUUAUGGAUAUUGCCGUCAACUUCGACAAUACUCUCCUUGCAGCGGGAAGUUUGGACAAGAUUCUACGAGUCUGGUGCUUCCAAACUAUGUCCCCCGUGGCCGUUUUAUCGGGGCACUCUGGCAUGAUAACUUCUGUAAAGUUUUGUCCCAUCGCAAGUAAUGACAUUUAUUACCUGGUAUCGACUAGCAGCGAUGGUUCAGUAGCCUUUUGGCCUCACACUAAAAAGGGUAACGAGAGAGCAGUUUUUCAACAGAAACCGAUCCAGUAUCACGAGAAAAUGCGACCAGGCCAGGCACAAAUGAUUUGCGCCUCCUUUAGUCCCGGUGGGGCUUUUAUGGCAGCCGGAUCCGCUGAUCAUCACGUUCGUGUCUAUGCCAUGAUCGGAGACGAGGGGCCCCGACGAGUACUCGAAGUUGAAGCACACAGUGACACAGUAGACAGCAUUCAGUGGGCCCACAACAGUGGUCUUAAAUUUAUUUCUGGCUCGAAAGACGGCACCGCAAACGUCUGGCACUUUGAGCAACAACAGUGGAUGCACAAGCGUCUUGUCAUGUCCACCAAAUUGUCCGGAGAACCGGAAGUUGAUGAAGAGUCCAACAAGAAAGCAAAAGUUACAAUGGUCACGUGGGACGCGAGCGACGAAUUUGUCAUCACGGCUGUAAACGAUAGUUCUCUAAAAGUCUGGAAUGCAAAGACUGCCGAGUUGGUCAAAGUUUUGCGAGGUCACAAGGAUGAAGUGUUCGUCCUCGAGUCGCACCCAAUGGAUCCUAGAAUUAUUCUCAGUGCUGGUCACGACGGUCAGCUCAUCAUCUGGGACGUGCUGAAAUCUGAACCAUUAGCCUGCUUCCAAAACUUUAUUGAAGGUCAAGGAAAUGGUGCAGUAUUUGACGCUAAAUGGUCGCCUGAUGGAACAAUGUUGGCUGCGACAGACUCCCAUGGGCAUUUGAUGAUGUACGGUUUUGGAUCGGGAGUCGAGUUGUUGAAAAUAGUGCCGAAAGAGCUCUUUUUCCACACGGACUACCGGCCCUUGAUCAGGGACUCAAAUAACUAUGUUCUGGAUGAACAGACGCAAACCGCACCGCACUUGAUGCCACCACCUUUCCUCGUCGACGUCGACGGCAAUCCUUAUCCCCCUACAUUGCAACGAUUAGUGCCCGGAAGGGAACAUUGUCGAGGUGAGCAACUUGUUCCCAACAUUGCGGUGGGAGCUGGUGGAAUGCAGGAAGUCAUAGAAGGUCUUCCUCUACUCAACCCUCGUUCGCACAUUGACAGACUCAUUGAGGCGCUGGCUCAGCGCAAUAACAUCAUUGUUGAAGGAGAGAACGGCGAGGAGCGCGAUGACAACCAGGGCGGUGAAGCUCCUGCACGACUGAUCGCCAGUCCAAGAGGAAGCAGACCGGGAUUGAGGAGAGUCGGGGACGUCGAAGGCGUGAGACAGAGUAGUGGCAACUGGCAGCGGGACAACACAACACCGUGGAAUAAGCCGAUUCUUGUCAAGCCACUAAACUCGGCGAUUCUCGAAAGUCAACAGAGCCAGAUUAACGCCAUGGCGGAUCUGGAAUUGGAAAAUUGGAGACGAGAGAUGCAACGGAGGCCCAAGGUUGUGUCGACUGGAAAUGACAUGCUAGGGGGUAUUGGCAAUCGGUUGUCGAAUCGCAACAGACGAAACAGAGCUGCAAGACACGGGUACAGAACGAGAGCUGCUAGAGGUGAUGAGCCAGAGGAUGACGAAUUUGUAGAUCCCGAUGCUGUGGCUUCGAGUGGGAGUUCAGCGAGUUCCAACAGCAACGAUUCCACUGCCGAUGAAGCCGACAUGUGUUCAGAUAGUUCUAGUUCGAAUCGUAGCAGUGUCUAUUCAGACUGGAUGGCGGAUCAUGGCGUAAACCUGGAACCGCCGAAGCGAAGUAAACGAAAACCGGUGAAAAAGAGGUCCGUUACACCCCCGAGCGAUUCCGACAGGCGAAGAAGUCAACGUCCCAAGAAGAAAGUAGUUAUUUUACCUCCGAAUGGAAUUGACGAAGUGCCAGAAGCCUUUCGUCCUUCCGAGUGGCUCACAGAAGUGAUACCAAGAAAAGCGCCGUACUAUCCGCAGAUGGGAGACGAAAUAGUCUUUUUUCGCCAAGGUCAUCAGUUUUAUCUCGACGCUGUUAGGAAGAAAAAGGUGUAUGAACUCGGCCCUCGAUGCGAACCCUGGGCAAAGAUGCAUAUUAGGGCAAUGGAGUAUGUGAAAGUUGUAGGAAUAAAAUACGAAAUUCGUCCCCCACGUCUCUGCUGUUUGAAACUUGCGACAAUGGACGAAGAAGGCCGUUUGACAGGGGAGAAUUUCACGAUAAAGUAUCAUGACAUGGCCGAUGUUUUAGACUUUUUGGUAUUGAGGCAGACCUUUGAAACGGCCCUGGCUCGUUCUUGGUCGUUGGGAGAUCGCUUUCGGUGUAUGAUUGACGAUGGAUGGUGGAUGGGACAAAUCCAGUCGAUGGAACCUCUGGAUGAAAACUUUCCAGACUCGUAUUUUAUGUGCUUCCAUGUUAGAUGGGACAAUGGCGAGGUCGAGAAGAUGAGUCCGUGGGAUCUUGAACCCAUAGAUGAAGAGAGACUUCCUGCGGAAAUAGGAGGUGCUGUUCAUGUGCUUCCAGAAGAGAUUCAGGCGAUUUUGUACCAACCCCAGGCGGAAGAGUGGCCCAUGGGUGAUCGAGAGGCGACCUGUCGAAGGAUAAUUCGUGGACUCGACCAAGUUAUGAGUCUCGCGAUAGCUGAACCCUUUGUCGCGCCUGUCGAUCUCAAUAUUUAUCCGUCGUAUGCUUUCGUUGUCGAGUACCCGAUUGACUUGUCGACUAUCAAGGCUCGGUUCGAAAAUCAUUUUUAUAGAAGAAUCACCUCGGCGCAGUUUGACGUUCGAUAUCUGGCAACGAAUGCUGAACAAUUCAACGAACCUCAUAGUCACAUUGUGAAGCAAGCCAGAAUCGUUACGGAUUUGUGCUUAAGGAUUAUCAAGGAUACGACAGAGUUGGAUGUGCCUGCUGUUUAUCAUCAGUUGGUUGAUACUUAUCACUCUUCAGAUUCAGAGAUAGAUGUAGAAGAUGGCAAAGAAAAGCCUUCAACUAGCAAACCAAAACCGUCUUCGAGUAAACGAUUGCGAUCUCAAACAGUUGCUGCUCAGGACUGGAGAGCAGCCUGUCGACAACUACUUGAAACUCUCUGGCAAUGUGAAGACUCGAUUCCCUUCAGGGAACCAGUGGAUAGGCUAGAGAAUCCAGACUAUCAUCAAAUUAUUGAUACGCCGAUGGACCUGCGUACAGUAAAGGAAGACCUUUUAGGAGGCAACUACGAAACUCCUCAAGAAUUUGCCAAAGAUGUGAAAUUGAUUUUUACAAAUAGCCGGAAUUACAAUACCAAUAAACGCUCAAAGAUUUAUACAAUGACAAUAAGGUUAUCAGCCAUGUUUGAGGAACUGAUGCGAAGGGUUAUUUCUAGUUGGAAGUCGUCAAACAGACGAUUGUCGGUCGAAAAAGGAAAAGCAAAACCAAGCACCAAGGCAAAGGCGAAUAAAAAGUUGACAAAUGGAGCUGGACCUUCGAAAGAAUAUGAUAGCACUGAUGAGGAUGAAGCAAAUGUUGAAAAUGAUGACGACGAUGACGAUGAUUCAACCAUAAGUAGAGCCAUAAACAACGGUCCAGGACCAUCUCGACUGUCCAACGGAUAUGCAAAGCGCGCCGGUCCGUCUUCCCGAUCAGGGAUAAAACUCAGGUUGCCGAGGAAUGCAUCUCCAAAGAAGAGCCAACCAAACUAUGGCGAAAUGAGCGACUCGGAUGCGUCAGAUAGUGAAAGUAGUGCUAGUGAACCGGUUCGAGUGACUAGAGCGAGAAAAGCAGUAUGUAGUGAUGCCCACGAUAGUGACUCCGAGGAAAGUUACAAACCCGGUGGUCGAGGAAAGCAGACCAAAAAGAUUCGAGCGAAGAACAGUAGGCUGAAGAUAAUUAAGCCAAAACAGAAGCAACCAGUCUCUGAUGAGGACGACGAAGAGGAUGAAGAAGAAGAGGAGGAGGAGGAAGAAGAAGACAAAGAUCGGAAGGACAAAGAGGAUGAUGAUGAUGAGACCGAAGUUUGUCCGCUGAAUCAACGACUCUUUAUUGCCGAAUCGUCUGAGGAAAGCGGAGAAGCAGUCAUUCGUCGAAACAGUAGUAGAGCUUGCAAGACUUUGAGUCAAGUGGCCAAUCGGAUUGCCUCCAAAGACAACAGUAACUCGGGAGAUUCUGAAAGCGACGAGAAUGGUGUGUGUGGAAGUAGGCUCAAUGAUUCUCAAGAAUCGGAUAGUCAGGACGUUGUUUCCUCUCAUAAUUCAUCACAUAAAACGACCAGAUCUCGGACAAGAUCGCAGAUGUCCCAGAAUUCUGAUAGCCAGGAAGAAACGUACGCUCGGACGAGAGGAAAACGGCCCCGAUACAACGAGGAUAGCGAGGACAGUAAUGGCAUGCCAGUCAGAAAUCGACGCAGUGUUAAACGACGAUAUUACGCCGAGGAGAGUGAUGAGAGUGUGCCAGAAGUUGGAAAUGGCAUCACUAUAAGCAGCAGAGGGCGCGUUCGGAAAAUGACAGCGCGAGCCCGAGCGUACCUGCUGGAAUCACCUUAACGGCCUUUUUUUCUCUUAGUGAUAUUCAAUAAAUAGUCGAGAUUUUUGACCGACAUCAAUAGUGAAUUAUAAAACGAGUUUGUGAUUAAACAGUGCGAUCGAUUUUCUGCGAAUUUCUUGUAAAUAUGGAUACAUUACGAUAUGCAGAUUUAGAAUUUAGGAUUAAUGCACAAUAGCGGAUUGAAAAUGAAUUUCAAACAUUGUUACGGAAGUGAGAUAAUUUUUGGGGACUCGGGAGUUGGUCCUAAAAUUUCUUCAAGCACAUGACAUGUCCUUCAAUAUUUCCAGAUUAAAUUUAAUGUUGUUUGAUUAAAACUAAACAGCCAUUUCUUUUAAUUUGCAAUGCUUCAGUGUUUAUUGAAAAUUGGUUAAUUUUUGACAAGAGCUGCUUUUGAAAAUUUGGAACAAUGUUUAUUCAAAGAAAGAUUCUUUACAGCCUGCAAUAUUUCUAGUUUUUACUUGAACACGUACAAAAUGGAAGACCUAUUAUUUUUCUAUAAUCUUUUUUUUUUGCUUUCAGAAACGAAAUUUAUAUAAUUUAUCAAAAGAUUCAAAGUUUGAUUUAGUUCUACAGUAUAAUUUUCGUCGAAGUAAAAUAUAUAGGAACCUCUCUAAUGACAUUAAUGUAUAAUCAUGUUUAGAUUAAAAUGAUUUCUAUUAAUCAAGUGUAAAUAUGAACAAUUAUUUUAGUUUUAAUUUGAAAGUUGAAAAUUUUGUUAACAUUACUAUUCCAAUGAGGCCAUAAACGAAUUAAAUUAGCAGCACCAUACUGUAAGCAAAUUCAAUUAAAAUGUGCAACAUAUCUCGGCAAUGUAAGGAUUUUUAGUACGUACAUACUUUUGACACACAUUGAAGAAAAAGUAGACAAGUAUUUUUAAUUAAGUGGUAUUCGAUGAGAAUAAACUUGAAAAUGAGGAGGGAAGCAUCAUAUAAAAUACUGUACAUUGAUAGUAAGUCUCGAGAGUGAACUUGAAAGCAAAUCUCGAUGAGAAAGUGUGUGUGUUUUCAAAGUAGUUCGCAAUUAUUGGACGUCUCGACUGUCAAGUCAUUGUGAUACUAGAUUAAGUAUACAUAAAGUAAUAAUGAUAUUGAAGAAUGGCUUAGCAAUGAUUAUUUUUUUAAAAGAUGACCCAAGAGUGGAGCUUCGGGGAGAGCAGGUAGUUUUUGAUUAUUUGACUGAGAUAGUUAGUAUCAUUUCCACACUACCUUCAUCUACCUGAGUUUUAUACAGCUAGCAAUUAGCCUAUUUUCCUACGGCAAAUCACUUAAAUGAGUUAAUAUAAUUCUGUUAAGUUCUAUAGAUUCUAGGAUAUUUAUCGAGGAUUACCAUUAGCAUUGAUUUUUAUUCUGUGUGUAUUUAAAUCGCUCCUACUGCUACAUUCAGAGUGCUAAGUUAUAUGUACAAUUGUACAGUGUAGUUUUCAUUACGAUACUAAUAAAUUCUUAUGAAACUGUUUGCUAA